AUGGCCGAUGGCAAAGAGGCUAUAACGACUGUGACAAAUGGCUUUGUAAGGAACCCUCGAAAGCUUCAAGCAAUGCAACCAUUCAUCACGUGCUCAAGACGGCAAUCGAAGGACCAGGUACCCCAAACGAAUUCAGAAACGCUGCAACCACGUGUGGUAUCAGAAUUCGCAAUCUCGCAGGCGAAGAAAUGCCGACAGCCGAAUCAUGAGGAUUUUGCCGUCGUGGAUUUCACAUCUUACUCGCAUUUCGCUCGCAUCGCUCUUACUUUCUUCUCAUCAUGA